AUGACGUCUAUUCCAGCAUUUGAGCAUACGCCCAUCGACAAGAUAUCUAACAUUUGUGGAGACGUUCGCAAUGCCUUUCUUUCCCAUAAGACCAGACCAAUCGAGUUCAGGCUUCAGCAACUGAGGAAGCUCUACUGGGGACUGAAAGACCACCGCGAAGCCAUUGUCGAAGCCUGCAAGAAAGACAUCGGCAAGUCAAGCUUCGAAACCUACCUGACUGAGAGCUCUUGGUGUGAGAAUGACAUUAUCUUCAUGUGUAACAACCUGGAGGCCUGGGCAAAGGACGAGAAGGCACCAGAUGGAAAGCUCAUGGACACGGCAUUCAGCCCAAGAAUUAGGAAAGAACCAUUGGGCACUGUAUUGGUCAUUGGUGCCUACAAUUUUCCCAUCCAACUUUCCCUUGGACCGGUCAUUGUUGCCAUUGCAGCUGGCUGUACAGUCGUUCUGAAGCCUAGUGAGAAUGCGCCUCACGCCGGAGCUGUCAUGCAAAAGAUUCUGGCCGAAUAUCUUGACCCCACAUGCUAUACCACCAUUCAGGGCGCCGUCCCCGAAACCACCGCAGUCUUGGAUCAGAAGUGGGACAAGAUCUUCUACACGGGCAGCGAAGCAGUCGGAAAGAUCAUCGCAAAGAAGGCUGCCGAGACUCUCACACCCAUAACACUUGAGCUCGGCGGUCGAAACCCAGCCAUUGUCACCAAGAAUGCUGACCCACGUCUUGCUGCCCGUCGCCUCAUGUGGGCGAAGUGUCUGAACGCGGGUCAAGUUUGUGUCUCGCAGAAUUAUACCCUCAUCGAUAAGUCCAUUCUCCCGGCUUUCAUUGAGCAAGUCAAAAAAGCGCUCGGCGAAUUCUUCCCCGACGGCCCUCAGAAGUCCGCCGAUUACGGUCGCAUCGUCAACAAACGUCAAUUUGAUCGCCUCAAGAAGCUACUCGAGUCCACCAAGGGCACCAUCCUCCAUGGCGGUCACAUGGAUGAAGCAGACUUGUACAUUGAGCCAACCGUAGUGCAGGUCAAUGACGAGCAUGACCCUCUCCUAGCUGAUGAGUCCUUUGGUCCGCUCAUCCCCGUCCUGGCUGUGAACGACAUUGACGAAGCUAUCCGCAUCGCUAACUCCGUGCAUGACACUCCGCUAGGGAUUUACCCCUUUGGUACUACUGCCGAGACUGAUAAAAUCCUGAACCAGACUCGCUCCGGUGGCGCAUCAGUUAAUGAUGGGUUCUACCACGCAUCCAUUCCCACGCUGCAGUUUGGCGGUGUAGGUACAUCCGGUCAGGGCGCAUACCGUGGGCGUGCGUCGUUCGAAUGCUUCACUCACCGCAGAAGUGUGACAACCACGCCGGGCUGGAUUGAGGGUCUACUAGACGUCAGGUACCCGCCAUACAACAUGAGCAAGCAGAAGCAAUUCGCCAGAUUGAACGAGGCGACCCCGAACUUCGAUCGCCAAGGACGCGCGAAGGCAAGCUGGGGUGGCUGGCUCAUUGGACUAGGUGCCAACAGCAAGGGUAGUGGAUUGGUCAGGUGGGCGGUACUGAUUGCUCUCGCCUAUGCUACGAAACAUUAUAUGCAGAGGACAUCGAAGUUAUAG